GAAGAGGGAGCUUAUGGCAAAGGAGGGAAGUAAACUUAGCAGCAUUUACAGGAGGUUCAAGCCCCACCUCCUCAUGGCUUUGGCUCAGUUUGGCUACACUUUUUUAUAUUUCAUAACAGAAGCUUCCUUCAAUCAUGGGAUGAACCCUCAUGUCUACAUAACCUAUCGACAUAUUGUGGGUGGUUUGGUGACGUUUCCUUUUGCCUAUUUUCUCGAAAGAAAAGUGAGGCCAAAGUUGACAUUAGCUCUGUUUGUGGAGCUUUUUAUUCUCUCCCUCCUGGGGGUGGGUUUGAGUCUCAACAUGUAUUUUGCAAGCUUGAGAUACACUUCUCCAACCUUCAUUGCAUCUGUGGUCAACACCAUAGCUUCUCUGACUUUUAUAAUUGCUGUUGUGCUCAGGAUGGAAGUUCUGGAUCUUCGAAGUCCCCGUGGAAUAGCAAAAGUUCUUGGAACCUUGGUCUCCUUGGCUGGUGUCAUGACUAUGACAUUGUACAAGGGACCCAUCAUGAAAAGCCUUUGGGAUCCUCUUAUCCAUAUUCAGGGAAACACAACCAUCCAUGAGAACUGGUUGAAAGGUUCGAUCCUGACUGUAGCAAGCUGCGUAACAUGGUCCAUCUGGUAUAUUAUGCAGGCAAUUACACUGAAAAGAUAUCCUGCACAACUGUCUCUGACUACAUGGAUGAGCUUUAUUGGGGCAGCACAAUCAGCUGUUUUCAGUGUGUGUGUGGAACACAGUAGGGCGGCUUGGACUAUUGGCUUCAACAUUGAUCUGUGGUCCACCGUAUAUGCUGGUGUAGUAUGCUCCGGUUUAAUAAUCUUCGUUCAACUAUGGUGCACAGAAGAAAAAGGACCUGUUUUUGUAACCAUGUUUAAUCCCCUUUCAACAAUAUUAGUAGCAGUUUUAGCAUAUUUCGUCCUUGGAGAAAAACUUUACAUGGGAAGCAUACUAGGGGGAGCAAUUGUCAUAGUUGGAUUAUACUUGCUGUUGUGGGGCAAAGAAGGUGACCAAGAAGCUCAGGUCAAGUCACAAGAGGAAUCUUAUUCGGUCCGUGAUUUGCAAGGGGGCCACAAGACACAAAUAAUUACCUCAGCUGAAGAGUUACAAAGAGCAGAACCUUAGAGAUUUAAAUAAUUAAUUCCUUAGAUAAGCACAGCAAAGGGGAUCAUUAUGAUGAAGACCAAUAAAAUCCCAGAAGAAAGUCAAAAGAAAACGAAAGGGGCAAACACAAGAGAAAUGAACUUUGUUUCUUGAUCACCUCAAUCAUUUUCGGUACAAGCUUCUGUGAAUUAAUGCUAUUUUUUACACCAUGAUACAGAGGACUCCAUCAAGCUCAGCUUCUAAGUUGACGGAGAGGUUAUGAUUGUAUUUCAUUAAUCACAAAAUGGUGUCCCCUUGUGUUACUAGCUUAUUCAGCACAUGAAGCAAGAUGAUUGAAUAAAAAAGAAAU